AUGGAAGUGGAAAGUGACAGUGAUUUUGUGAAAAGUGUUGGAGAACUGUUGAGAAAUGGUCAGACAUCAGAGGUCUUGAAAGUUUUCAAUGAUAAUGAGUUGAUUGUGAAAUCUAGUUCAUGGGAUUUGAUUCCCCUUGUAUCAGAAUAUUUAACAACACAAUGUGAGAACACCAAGCCAGAGGUAUUCAACUGCUCUGAAAAGCUGAUGAAUAUCAUAGCAGAAUUCUCAAAUCCAGAAGAAGCUUUAUUGCAACUUAUAGAAGAAAUAGAAGAAUGUAAAGAUUCUUCAAAGUUCAUAGCUUUAUUGUUGCCUAUUAAGAAAAUUCUUUUUCGCAUACCUGAGAAAAGACUGAUUUCAUUUGCCUGGGGGUUCAAUGCUAUACAGUCCUUCCUAAACAAAUGCAAGAUACCAGAAUGUAAUAAUCUUCUUGGAAAAGAAAAACUACUUCUGGACAAUGAGGAGAAUACAUCCAAAAUUACUUUCUUGUGUGAACAAGUAGUAACAUUCUAUGAUACAUUUGAAGUUCCUUUGAAUGAAGGUGCUUCAGACAAAAUAUGUGUGCUGCGCAAAUUUUUAGUGAGGCUAUUAGGAGAACCACUUUUAUAUGUAGAUAUGGAAAUAUUUGAUGGUAUAAAAAGCAGAGGUACAUCCACUUUAUGGUCAAUAUGCCGUCUGAAAUCUACAGACUCUUCCGAUGACAAACUAGCUUCAGAAAAUUAUGAAGAUGACAUUAAAAACAAGAUACUUGCCGCAUCUUUGAAAUUUGUACCUGAAGUAGGAUGGUCUAAAGAAGCCCUUAGUAAGGGGGCUGAGGAUCUGGGGUAUCCUGGAAUAUCUCAUGGGAUGUUUUCCAGAGGUGGAGCCGAUCUAGUGCAUUACUUCCAGACUAGCUCCAAUUUACAAUUAGUACAAAUAUUGAAAAAAUAUCAAGAAGAAUCCAAAGAGAACCCAUUGCCUCCCGGGGAUUUUGCUGAAAAAGCAAUUCAGGCCCGUCUUCAAAUGACAGUACCGUAUAUAAAUAAAUGGCCCCAAGCCAUUGCCAUCAUGUCGCUUCCGCCAAAUGUACCGAAUGCGUUGGCUGCUUUAUUGACAAUGGUAGAUGAUAUAUGUUAUUAUGCUGGAGACAGAUCAGUAGAUUUUAACUGGUAUUUGAGAAGGAUAGGUAUAGCUGGUGUAUAUAAGGCAACCGAAUUAUACAUGAUUCAAGAUAAUUCCCAGGAAUAUAAAAAUACAUGGGCAUUUUUGAAGAGGAGAUUGGAGGAAGCAGUACAAGUACAUGAUAUUUUGUGUAAAUCAGAAGUGCCCACUCAAGUUGCUAAAGAUACAGUUCAAUCUGUGUUUGUCACAGCCCGUAAUAUUCUGGGACUCAACUGGAAUAGAUAGUAUUAUUUGGGUAUAACCAAAAAUAGUUUCUAGGUUAUAUUAUUGUCAUAUUUAUUUUAGGUAUGUUUUUGUUUUAUGUCAAAAAAAAUAAAUUUUUGAACAAUUUAUUUUUUAUUUGUGUACUUUUUAUCACAAGUUACAAUUUAUGAGAUGAUUUCCAACAGGUGAGCAUAAUUAACAAUAUAACUCAUUCAGACUAGGUUGAAAAAUAUUUUUGUCUAUGAUAUUCAUUUAACUAAACAUUAUUUGCAAUGGAAUAGAUGAAAUAGUCUGUAUAGUUGAAAUAAAGUAGAGUAUUUAACAUAUUCAAUACAGAGCAAAUGGGUCAUCCAAUGUCCAAGACCAAACUCUAACUGUUUUCAAUUAAUCAUCAACUGAUAAGGAUAGGAAAGAAGUAGUUAAUACACAGAGUGUUUCGUAAUAUGUGGGACGCAAUCAAUCGGAUCAAACUAUUUUGUUUCCGAGUUAGAAUUUGAAAAUUUCAAGAUUUUUUAAAGAUUUCUUUAUAGCUCCUGCAGUUUUCUAGAUAUCUAGCUCAAAUUCGGAAUACAGGUUACACUGAAUAUACAUUUAUAGGAACCAUUUUUUCAGAGUCUAUCAGACCUAGGAGUCCAUCCCACAUCCCAUAUAUUAUGAAACACCCUGUAUGAUGAGUGAACAUUAUAGAAUAAAAUACAUGAAACAGAUCAGAAUUCCGAUAAUCAGUUCAAAAUUAAUAAUUGUAAAUAAAUACCUAUUUUGAAGAGUAUUGUAUUGAGUGCUGUAGAACUUUGAAAACCCAUUUUAAACGCCCAGAAUAAGUAAAAUUGGUCAAUACAUCAGUCAGUCGACAAAUAUAAAGCAUUGCAACAUAUUUUGAGUAUAAUCACUAUAUUAUUGCCAUAUACUAUGAAAUACUUCAGGAAAGCAAAACUAAAAUAAAACCUCCAACCAGUUCAAGAUAAAUAAAUCUUAUUCAAACAAUAACAUCAAAUUAAACAAAAUCCUUUUAAAAAAUGCAAAUCAAACAGUUGAACUAACAAUAGAAAAAGCCAAUAUUUAAAGCUAUACAUUUAUUUGAUACCUCAAUGUUCAAAAGAACGAGAAUUAUAAAAAAACAAAGGAAAAUAUAAUUAUUAGAAUAAAUAAUUAAACUCGAUUUUUAAUAAUGAUCACCUAACAAAAAAUUGUCAUGUUGGGUGUGAAAUGGUUAAAAUGGCAGUACUAUAUGGAAUCACAAAAAUAACCAACUCAUUGAAUUGUAAUAUGUGGAAGAGAAAAAAUAGUUCAAACUGGAUACAAGAAUACUGAUGAAUGCCAAAAAAAUAUAUCCACGUUUCACUUUCUCAAUUUCUGUAUUAGGUACUAAUGUCAAGCAGGAACAUAAGUAAAAAGAGAGUGAACAUAUAAAGGACAGCAAUCUGGAAACUAGAACACAAGAAAAUCGAGGUACCAAAAGCAGAAAAUCACUUAACCAAUUGGGGAAGUUUCCAAUAUUGUUGUAUUUAUCUCACUGCGAAGUUUGUUAAAAAUUAAUAUAUACGUAUUUUUUCUUUUAUUCGUAAGAUCAAAUUUCACUUCAGAAAAAAAUAAAUAAAAAGGAACUUGGCUCCUCCACCAUUCCUAUGAUGUACUUUCUGAAAAUCCACAUUCACACAGAGUUAAAAUUCGAUUCUCUGUGCCAGUACGACGUUGCCGACAUCAUCCCAAUGUCUAGAUUCCCGAAAAUUGUUCUUUGAAUGCAUCAUAACUAUAUCAACAGCAAUGGGAUAUGGGUUCUUCAAUCCUACAUGGUCAAGUAUUAUGAAUAAUUCCCAUAAAUAUCUCAUUGGCUGAAUGAAGUUGAUUGCUAAUAAAGAUAAAUUAUGAUAUUUUGCGAUAGUAUCUAUAAUUUUUCACUAUCUUUCGGUGCGUUCGGUUUAACAAAAUCGGAGCCGAUCGAGCAGAUGCAACAGAAACAAUUCACUUAACCUUAUUACUUUUAGAAACACGUCAGGGCAACAAAGUUCUUUUGAAUGUUUGUUGUUCACUUGGAUUUAUAUUUUGAAAAUAUCGGAAUUCCAUAUCAGAUUAGAAAUAGGCGUUACACACUAUUCUGGCGAUUCUGGGCAAGGAGGAUUCUACAAAAUUCAGUUUCGUGUUUCGUUUCCAGUUGUUCAAUUCUUUAAUUUUUCGAAACGAAAGAGAUAUACAGGGUGUUUCCUAACUACGGUUCCUAACUGCAGGGGGUGAUUUGUUAGGUUAUUUCAAGAAGGAACCUUCCUAUGAACAUAUGUCCGGAGUUGCUUCGUUUCUGACUAUGAAUUCACUUGAUAUAAGUGUCAAUUAUAUUUUUGGCGAAAAUGAUGAAAAACUCAUUUCUCCAAUGCAGGUGUUCAUGAUAUUAUGCAAUUCAGUGGCUUUGAUUUUUUUCUCUAAAACGAAGCUGGAUAUGGAGAAAAUACAAGGGACCAAAAAGUUGUAUUUUGAGUUGUCUGAUCUCAAAAAUAUUAGAAUUUAUCAAAAGUCAGUGGCGCACUUUUUUCAACAAUUUUGUUGGCUGUGGUGCCCACUGUGACGCCACUGGCCCCAAUAAUUUCAAUCUAAAUAGGACUAAAUAAGCGCCUUAUUAGUUCAAAUAAAAGUACCAAAUUCCAACCAAAUCGGUUCUAGAAUAUUCAUAUUUUAUAAUUACCGUUUUUUUUUUCUUUAAUUCCAACACCCCCUAUCUCAGAAACGAAGCAACUCCGGUUAUAUGAGGCGAGUUCGGAAUUGUGAAAAGAGUCACUCCAAGUGACUCCGGGUAACUCCUAUACGAUCGGUAUUGACAAAACAGUUCACUCUGUGUUCAUGGAGAGUCGAUUUUCGAUCGUUCGGAAUCUAAAAACUGGGCAAAUAGAUCUCACUCUGAUGACUCUUUCAUAAAUCAGGAGUUUCAAGAACUCCUCCUUUCUUAUGUCAAAAUAAACGUCAGACGUCGCCGAUUUUGACGCUCAUCCUGUCUGGCCUUCCGCCAUUUUUUCAAAUUCGAAUUUCAUUCAUAGUUAAUCGAGUUGAAAAUUGUGUUCAUAUGAGGCGAGUUCGGAAAUACGGAGUGGAGUCAGAGUAGGGUUAGAGUAGCAUUUGCAUGGAUUCAGACCACGUGAUUUGAAGAGUCGAGAGAUCAGGUUGGGAUACUUCAAGCAAAUCCGAACGCUUUCGCUCUUCCCUUACCAACACAUUUAUUGUGGUCUCAAACACAUCCAUCAAUUAGUUCCCUAUCAAUAGUUUAUUUUCAUUAGUUGCGUUAGAGAUCUAAAUUUUUGCAGAAUAUAAGAGAUUAUGAAUUAGAAAUAGUACGAAGUCUCACUUGCAGCGAGGUCAUCAGCUCUCUCCGGAGACAUUCUGCCAAAUUCGUAGGGAGUACCGUUAACUAUAAUUGUAACUUCCUUCAUUUUCAAAAUAGCACUCGAUAAAAGAACAUAAUUUUCAACUCGAUUAACUAUGAAUGAAAUUCGAAUUUGAAAAAAAGGCGGAAGGCCAAGCAUGAUGAGCGUCAAAAUUGGCGAUGUCUGACGUUUAUUUUGACGUAAAAAAGGGGGAACUCUCGACACUACUGAUUUAUGAAAAAGUCAUCAGAGUGAGUUGUAUUUGCCCAGUUUCUAGAUUCCCAAUGAUCGAAAAUCGGCUCUACAUGUUUAGUGCCCCCCUUGAAAAUAAUAUUGACCUGUUUUCUAGAUUUCUCAUAUUAUUUACUGGAAGGAAGAUAUUGAGGGUAAAAACUUUUCAGAAUCUCACCCUGUAUGUCGUGUAAUUUUUUGGCAAUCUUAUCGUUCGUAAAGUUUUUAUAUUUACUAUGGAUUUCCAUUAAGUAACGACCGAGUAAAUUGAAAAAAAAAAGAGAUAUUGCCUGUAUACUAGUGUAUACGAUAACAUGGGAUACCCUGUGUACCACCGUUUUUAAAUGUCAAAUGAAGAAACGACCCUGUAUUCUUGUUUGCUUCCUCAUACUACUUAUAUAACCUAUGACCUAUGACUUUAGUCAUCAACGAAUUUAUUCGGGAUGAUUAAGGGAUGAUAAAGAAAUAUGAAUCAGUUUGCGAACGGCUUUCGGUGCGUGCGGACAUGAUGCGGACCAUACUUUUUCGUUUUUUAUACCGGGUGUUGUGCGAGUUUAGUGCAGACUGCAGUAAUAAUUAUCGUGAUUGGACAGUGAAUUUACUUUUCUGUUUUAUAUACCGGGUUUUGUGUCAGUUCUAAUGUGUAUAAUAUAAUACUACUGAGUUUUUGCCUAGUAUUUUUAUGAUGUGAAAGUGAAAUUAGGUGAAAAGUGAAGUUGAGUGAAAAGUGAAUCAAUCGACUGAUUUCUGUGGAGAAUAUUUGGCAGAAUUUUGAAUUUUUAAAAGGAUGACGCUGCGUCUAUUAGAUGGUUCCGAAAUAGUAUAUACGAUAUGUAAGUACCACGAUUUUGUAGAAAACUUUUCUCUAUGGUUUUUAUAGUAUACGGGAUACGGGGUAUGUCACGACCACCAUUACACUAUCUUUAUAUCGAGAAUCGGUCAUGAGAAAUCUUUGAAACUGUGCAUGCUUAUAUUUGAGAUUACGCUCUCUUCGUUUAACAUAUUUUCGACAAUUAGCAACAACUUUGUUAUUUUAAAAAGAAUUCCCUGUAUUUUAUUGCAUUUUCACUUGGGGUCUAUCGGAAAUGAUUACAGAGAUAUAGGAUGUUAAAAAAUCGAGAUUUUUCAACUUUAGGAUGUGGAAACUAUUCAUUGGUCAAAACGGCUUUUAUGUCCCUAUUUUAACUUUUGAUUUACUAUCUUCUGACGUUUAAUUGGAACAGAUACAGGGUGGUUCAAGAAUCAUAUUUCUGGGGUCUGUUUCAAUUAAAUGUCAGUAGAUAGUAAAUCGCAACACCCUAUAUCUCUGUAAUCAUUCCCGGUAGACCCCAAGUGUGAUAUAUCGAUGAAAUCAGCUCUUCAGGGAGAAUCUAAAAUUUGAAAUAAGAAAGUUGUUGCUACUUUCCGAUAGAAACUGCAACAUUGAUGCAUUGUCGAAUAUAUUUCAAAUGGAGGCAGAGCAUAAUCUCAAAGAGAAGCGUGCACAUUUUCAUAAAUUUCUUGCGACUGAUUCUCGAUAUAAUGAUAGUCUCAGCUCGUCGUGAUAUAAGUAUAGAUAGGUGGGCGUAGAUACAACUUCUUUAUAAAACAAGUCGCAUGGAUAUCAAUAUACAAGGUGCGCCAGUUUUGUAGCAGAAAUUUGACAGCUUAAAGGAACAUGUGUAACAUGUAGUCUUUCCAAUAAAUGUUCGAAAGAAUUGGAAUCCAUUCGAAAAUGGAUUUUGAAUUGAUCCUAAGAUCUUCUUCAUCAUUAUCACAAAAGAAGUAGAGAGAAAAUCUUACUAUACAACCGAUCGCUCGCAUUUUAUUAUUUCUUAUAUCCAUAUUAUUGUCCAUUCUGCAAGUGCGAGGGUUUCACAAACACAAAAUUCAUUGAAUCUUAUGUGGCUGCGGCAGGAGCACUGAAGGUUCGCGACAUGGGUUUGAUCCGAAUGAACUCUAAAGCCUAACGCGACUAAUGAAAAUAAAAUAUUGAUAGGGAACAAAUUGAUGAAUAUGUGUUUGAGACCACAAUAAAUGUGUUUGUAAGGUUAGGUUAGUCGCUGUCAGUGUCAUGGAGCCAGGGGAAGAGCGAAAGCGUUCGGAUUUGCUCGAAGUACCCCAACCCGAUCUCUCGGCUCUUCAAAUCACGUGGUCUGAAUCCAUGCAAAUGCUAUACUCUAACCCUACUCUGACUCCACUCCGUAUUUCCGAACUCGCCUAUGUUAAUAGGAACUUUUCUCCCUAAAAUGACCUAACGAAUCACCACCUGCAGUUAGGAACCGUAGUUAGGAAACACCCUGUAUAAUUUCAAUAAUAUGUUGUUGACAUUGAUUUGUUGACAACGGACAACCGAAUAACCGAUCAAAUCUGAAUGAUCUGCUCCUCACGGCAGAGCAAACAGAUUACAUUUUUCAGCUUGCUCUGACAAUUAACGAACACAGAGCAGAUAAGACAGAGGAAGUAGAUCUGAUUUAUCGAACGCUCUCCAAGCUAACAGAUGAAAUCGAGCUAACAGAUAUGUUAUAACCGAACGCACUUAUUCAAUAUGUCAGUCAUAACUUGUCAGCUAUUUUUUUUGUUAAUGAGUUUGUUCCUUAAUGAAAAGGAUCUAUUUUCUGGUAAAGUUGUAGAUUAUAUCUUGCAACAGCGCCUACACGUCUACACCACUCAAAAUACUGACAGGUAUAACAAGAGGAAGGAGCUAUGAGUGUCGGCUUCAUUCUUUUCUGACCGAUGGCAGGAAGUUAGGAAGGAUAGUAUCAUUGAAUGUUCAAUGAUAUUUUUGUUUAGGAUCGAGCUCUAUUCGCGAUAUUACAAUGCAUAAUUAUAUAACAAAACCAUUACCAGUCAGAAUAGAACCAACUACCUUCUGCACUUUUGCUCCGAGUGCAUUUGUGGUUAUGUAUGUUUUUGUUUACCAGUUUUACUUCUUCUAUUUUUUUCCUUCAUUAGCUAUUCGCUAGCUAUUUUCUUCACCAUCAGCUAUUUUCAGACUAGAUUCAGAAUGUACGUCACAGUUUGCUGCCCCGCAAAUUAGAAAUUGCUUCAAUUUGAAAAUGAAAACGACUGUAUCGGUCGCCAUUCUGUACAGCGUGGACAUUUUAUGAAAAUUCAUCUGAAGGAAACUUCCCCAUUAUAAGUACUGGGCACCAACAAUACAUUGUAAUGAAAAACUUCUAAAAGUAAGGUCCUUGUUCUUGUAAAUAACUGAUUAAUGCAUCCGGCAGUGGUAACUUAUCCAUAUCAUUGAUAAUCACAAAUUGUCUUAUAACAAACCGAGAAAGAUACUUCAAAGUCGGCACUUUAUCAUACCUUGAAACAGGUAGAGUGAGUCUCACAGGGAAAUUAGGUUGAACAAAAUCUCUAGUUUUUGUGUAGCAAUAAACACUAUUCUUCGAUUUCAUAAUAGCAUCUUCAACUAGUUCAGCAAUGCUUUUGUAACCUACUUGGUCAAAUAGACUGUAACCAGAUUUGGUGUAUUCUAUUCUGGUGUGGAGAAUUUUUCCAAUGCUUCGGAAACUCAUAGUGAAGAUAUACCUGUUAAAUGAAUAACCACUAAGAGAGACU